AAGUUAAUUUUGCUCUUCUCGUUGUAUAUUGUUCAGCAUUUUCGAGUUCACGUUGAACCCACCAUAUCAGAGCCGCUGCCUGUGAGCGACGAGAGGUAUCGUUGCCAUGGAAACGCGUCCCCGUGCGGCAAACUGACCUUUAAUGGAGGCUCCAGGAAACACGAAAACGCACAGCAUGAGUAUAAAAAUACAUAUAAACCGUGGAAAUGACCUGCAAUCAAAAAAAGGAGACAGCUUUCAGAGUUUGGUGCGGGUUGAGUUUGAUGGAACAUUGCUGGGAGAGUCAGAUGAGAAGCAGAGUAACCCCAUGCAGGACUGUAUUGACUAUAAAUUUACCUGCAUCUUCCGCUGUCCAAACGACGCUCAGGCUUUCAGUGACAUUGCCCAAAAACCCAUUGUAUUGACAGUGAUAGAAGUUCUGGCUGAGGAGAAGAAUGAUGAACCAAGACAAGUGCCUCUGGGCCAGGCUGUUGUUGACCUCCUACCACUGUUACAAGGUCAGUGCAGUUUCUCAUCGACAGUCUCUGUCAAUUCGGUGGCCAACCCCCGGGCCAAAUCCGCCCAGGACACCGGCCUCAAGUUCCCCAACAAAGAUAGGAGUGCAACCAGAAUGAAGCAAGGAUCCAGCCUUAAAUGGAAAAUGAAGCUGCCUACCCUCGAUGUGAGUGUCAGUGUGUUGGAUCCAAUACUGUCCGAGACUGACCUCUCAGCCUCUAAUCUACUAAAGGUAACUGUGGAGACAGCCUACUCUGUCCCAGACUCAUGGAUGCUGCCAUCUGGCCCUGCUCCCACUACCUUCACAUACACUGCUGCCCUAGAGAUCCCUCUUACUGCAGACCAAGACCAAGUGCUAGUGUUCCCUGAAGGGCAGCUGAAGGCAGGGGGGCAGAGAGAAGAAAAGGAACGUCAGAAGAAGAGGCCCCAUAGGGACACACUAGCUCCAGAGAACCACUUCCUGCCUGGAGUCUUUUUCAAGCCAGAGGAAAUUGAUCAGGAGGAUGGCGAGCUGACUGCUCGAGAGGACCGGGCAUUUCGUGAUGAGGCAGAGACCACGAAGAACAGAGUGAGCUGGGACACAGAGAUGUACUGCUUUCUGGACGCAGGGGGAACUACAAGGUUGAAGCAAAGCAUAACUAAGAGCAGAUUGUGGCCAGUGGAGAUCAUGAGGUCAUUGGCUCCAUUAUCAAAGUUAGGUGCUGAGGACUCAGAAAUCCCCCACCAUGGUUUGGCAUUUAUAGACUUUGGGCAGCUGCUGUAUCCUGGAGUCCAGCGAAUCCGAGGAGCAUACAGCAUUCAGUCUUUCUCUGAGGAAGAUUUGCUGAAUAAGGCCAAGCGAAGCAUCAGUGUUUUAAAGGAAAAAGCUAAGGAAGCUGCCAGCCAGGCCAAAGAUAUUGUCAGCUCUAACAAAGCAGGAAAGAACAUGAAUGGAAGCAACAAGGGACCCACAGAUUCCAAUGAGCAAGGCAAAAAGCUGGCCUGCAGUGAUUUAUAUGAACCUGAGCCACAAGUCAAUGCAGAGGGAACCCUACGCUCCAUAACUUAUAUUAUCAUUGAGAUAGCCUUGGAGAAACCGCUGGUACCAAAACCAUCACCAGAAGAGCUAGCCCAAAGGGUGGCGGCAUUGAUCCCUCCCAAACCUAAACGUCCAGCUGGUCCUAGUAGAGCAGAAAGAGCUGUGCUGGACUUCCACAGGCAGGUAGCAAACACGGUGUCCCAUGUUUCAGAACAGUGUGAGGAACUAUUUGGAACAAGUUGUGAAAUUCCCCAAGACGACAGCUUGGAGAAAAUGAAGAUUCAGUUGAUAGGAGCGCUCAAUGACUCUGGGAGAUACUUUGUCUUCAAGGAACAAAUGAAGCAUGCGGUGGUGAGGAUCGUACGUGACAAGAUGAGGCGGACAGAGCCGUUCACGGAUGAUCAACAGCUGAAGGAAUUUGCCAGCAAACUCUAUGUCUACCUGGUUGAUGAGAUGCACGUUGCUAUGAGCAAGAUUUAUUCUCCAGAUGCUGUUGAGGGCUACCCAGAUAACAUCCAGUUACACUGUUCUCAGCUCUCACAUUUUGCCAGAGAGGCACAGCUUACUGGGAAUUACGAGCAGGCUGCAUAUUGCUGGAAAGAGUCAGGAGGCGAGCCGCAGCAUAAAAAACAGGUCGUCAAACAGUUUCACGAGUUCAAGACCCAUGUUUCUUUAUCCUCUUCUUGCUCCAGCCUGAUGAUGUGUGGGGUAUUGGCAGUGAUGUUUGAGCAUUACAGUGAGGCCCAGACUUUCCUUGAGCGAGCCACCAGCCUAGACCCUCUCAGCGUGGUGGCCUGGACGCUGCUGGGUUUGUUCCAUGUGGGUCAGAACGACUCCAUCCAGGCUGAGAGGGCUUUUAUGGAGGCCACAAAGCUGUUGAAUGCAGAAGAGGCAAAAAAGCAAGAGCAGAGAGAGGAGAAGGGGGAGAACGACAAGGAGAAGAAACACGAAGAGGAAGAGAACAAGCAGGAGGCAGAUGAAACAACCAACUCUCCCAGAGUUAUGCAAGAACUUGUUGACCAGGAUUCAGAGAUGCACAAAGAAGAGCCUCCAGCACUGAGUGUCAGCUUGAAAUCAGCUCCUGCUACUAUUUACACACAGACCAUCCAAUUCCUGCUGCAGAGCAAUGCACUGCAGAUGGCAGAAGUCGCUCUAUCUGAGGAGCUCCUAUGUUCAGAUGGCGGUCGCAGUGCUUCCUACUUCAUUCAUCUGGCCCAGUUGCAGCUGCUCAAAGCAGACUACUGCAGUGCUGCUGCCAACCUCAAAGAGGCACUGUCCAGCAUAGAUCAGGAUCCUGAUGCAUGGGCUUUGAAUGGUCACUGUCACUAUCUACGAGGGGAGUUCCAUGAGGCUGAGGAGAGCUACGAGUGGAGCUUCAAAUUCCAGCAGAAGCCAUCAGACUCUCACAUUGUCUUGCUCCGCCUGGGAUCCAGCUACUUUAUGCAGGAGAAGUUUCAGGAAGCCAAGGUUGUGUACCUGCAGGCCUGUGAACAGUCUCCAUCCUGCCUGACCUGGCUAGGCCUGGGCGGUGCAUGUUACCGGUUGGAGGACUUUUGUAGAGCUGAGGAAGCUUUGACUGAGGCCAACCAUUUGGACAACCAGAAUGCAGAGGUCUGGGCUUACCUGUCUCUCAUUUGCCUCAAGUCUGGCAAAAAGGAGGAAGCAGAGAAGUUUUAUAAAUAUGCAAUACGGUUCAACCUACAGAUGGAGUCACUCCACAAAGAGUUUAAAAAGUUGAACAAUCAGCUCCGCUUCCAUCAUCUGGAGUCAUGCUUUGAAAGAAGCACUAAAGCAAAAGAAUAAAUCAUAUGUCCAAGUAUGUACGCAUUAUAUCUCAAUGACCAGUAUUUGAAACAACAUUUUAUUGGGUUUUCAGCAUGUGUAGUGUAUGAAAAUUAAAUACAGAGAGUUCAGAUGUACAUGAUGACUUAGAUUUCACAGACAGUGAGGAUAAGUAACCGCUUGAGCCAUAAAAGUUAAGCUCUGAUCAAUAUCAACACAACAAACACAGUUAAAGCAACACCAUAAUCUCAAAUCUAUAUAAAACAAUUGCAAUAUACUGUUGUUGUUUUUUUUUUGUUUAAAUACAAAAACAAAGAAAAGAAAGGAGGCUAUAUGGUGACUGGUACCAGCAGGAUAUAAAACAUUUACUAUUUCACAUUUGAUGUCAGGAAAACAAGCCCUCAUGACACUUUGUGGUGUUUUUGUUCUAAGACACCUUUCUAAAUUUUGGCACAAUCCUCUCUGCGUUGAAAGGAAAUGUUGUGAAAUAUUGAUUUGAGCUUGUCAAAUAGUUCACGAAGGAUGUGUGAGAAUGGGCCUUGAAUAAAUUUCCUUUAAAACCAAA